AUGCGACGACAACACCAGAAACAUCAAGGAAUAUCCCUCCUCGCCCUCCUCACUCUCACACUCACCACCCUCCCCGCCCCAACAACAGCAACACCACCACCCCAAACAACCCAAACAACAGUCCACGUAACAAUGACCCCCACAGCACCGCAACCCCCCUCAUACACAUCGCCCGACAUCUUCCGCGACACCGUCCUCGCACACAGCAACGACUACCGCAGGAGCCACAACGCUUCAGCCCUCGUCUGGAACGAGACCCUCACAGAUUACGCGGCUGAUUGGGCGGGGGGUUGUAAAUGGGAGCAUUCUCACGGACCCUACGGCGAAAACCUCGCCUUCGGAUACCCUGACCCCGCCUCCGCCCUCGCAGCCUGGGCCGACGAGAGCCAAAUGUAUAACUACGAUAUCCCGACUGGCUUUACGGAAGAGACGGGGCAUUUUACACAGUUGGUCUGGCGAGGGACUGAACAGGUGGGAUGCGCGGCUAUCGAUUGCGGGUUUCGCGAUAGCGAUAGCGAUAGUAGGAAGACGCGCGCGCAGAAGGACAGUACGCUGGGGAAGUAUGAGAUGGCGCAGGGGUGGUAUGUUGUUUCCGUCGAGUACGUAUUCUGGGCCGUGGCCUUCGAGUACUACGGAUGA